AUGUUUGUCAUUUGUAUCAAAUAUAGUGUUUGUCAAGCUAAUGACACUGGUGGUAAUGUAACGCAGAACAAUAUUCAUGAGGUCGUUACUUUGGCCACUACGCCAAGCGUAUUUAAUGAAAGUACACUUAUUAUCGCAAAUGAAAUAGAAGAAGUUUCUAACGAAUCUGACAGUAACGACACUGUUACGUGGGAAUUAUUUAUAAGUGUCCUGAAAUCUGUAUCAUUAGACCAAUUGAAGCAAAUAAAAUCUAACAUCAAGAACUAUUACAACUUAGGUGAAAAGGAAAUCGCUAAAGUCAACAAGGCAUUUAACGCUACUGAUUUAGAAUACGAGUAUCUAUUGCAAUACAAAUUAAAGAAAAUGAUAGAAGAAAAACGUUUCAAUGAAUCAGAAGAUUUCUUGUUGGAUUUUAUGGAUUUAUCCAACUUCUUAAUUGAAAAGAUAUUAGAGUAUUCAUUAGCCAAAUUGAAAGAAGGAACGUGGCUUGCCCGCACUAAUUGGCAUCGACAGACCUUAAAAGAAAAAAUCUUCAGACAGCAAGUAAAACUUGGCAUCAGUUUGAUAGAAAUGCAAAUGUGUAAUGCGUUGGGUCUAUGCAAAGAAAGGGAACAUUAUUCUGAUUACAUAAUCGAGUGGCUCAGGAUUCUCCUUAAUGACGGUGAUGCUAUUAUAGGAGAAGUUUUAACUGCUGUACCUGUAGUUUUAGAAAAAUAUUCUACAUCUAUAAAGUCUAAUGUAAUGUUUAGAAAGAACUUGCUGUAUGCAUCUAAGACUAAUGCUAGCGCUCAAAGAGAUGUGCUGGAUUUCAUUGAUGAAGUGAUAACAAAUGAAAAUGUUUUUAAAUUUAUUCCAAAUGUGUUGAAAAAGUGUGCAGUGUUACUUAUAGAACUACUUAAUGAAAUUAACGACGUUUACGAUUUAAAUGAUAACAAUAUUGAAGAGCUAGAAACUGUUUCACACAUGUUUAUGUCUUGGAAUGGAGGUGCUACUGGAAUAGAAGAUAUAUUAGAUAUGAUAAUAAAAAACAUGCAAUUCAAUUUGAAGGGUUGGUCUAAAGAGAAACAAGCAAAAAUUAACAAAAUUUGGUCGGCCAUUAUAUUUUUGUAA